CUAUCUCGGCUACCGUAGUUGUGCCGGCUAAGCUAAUAGCUAGUAGCUAGGUUAACUAGCUUUUAAGUUAGCUACCUUCUAAAAGCAGAGGAGGCCAAUAAAGAGUCAAAACAGGCAAGUUUUUCAACGACCAUGCAAAGUGGGAGAAUAUGGUUGUGAAUCUCUGUCUGCCACAGUUUUAUGCAACAGUUCAUUGCAACAAGCUGUGCGCAGAUGGCUAUGAUGUCACAAACCUUGUGUCAGCUGACCCUGCUCUCCGGAGGCGGGGCUUCAAGCUGGAGUACUUCCUACGCCCACCUGUACAGGUGACAUUGAAGUUUGGCUUCCAGGUGGAGGUGUGCAGGGUGGAUGUGGAGCUGUGGCCCUGGGGUAUGGACCGAGGACAGGCCUGCAAGAGACUGGAGAUUAGCACCAGCUCUGAUCCGCUACCCUCCCAAAAUGUUGGCCAAGGACACAAAAGGGUUCAGCAAAAGAAGGAAAUGCAGGUAAAGGACCAGAAAAAAAGCGGAGAAAAACAACAAGAGCAUGACAGUAAAUCUCAACAGAGUAAUGGCCGUCGGUGGAAACUUCACGCCCAGCAAUGGGGUGAAGAAGCUCAAGAUGAGCCUCAACAAAGAUGCAAUGCGUUCAAGUGUCAAUCAAACAGUGAAUCCACUAAUACUGUUACAGAGUUUAAACUCGUAGGUCGCUGCGAAUUAAGGGAGGAAACCCAAGUCUGUUUCACACGUUCUAAUAUGAGUCCCCGGCCCCCGUUCCUCUCCAUACCACCUCCACAACCUGCAAAUUGUCGGCAAGAACAGCUGUGGAGUCGGGGUCCGCUCUCAUUAGGCGCAGUGACACAGCUUCGCGUGACUCUGCCAUUUGGCGGUGCAGCAUCUGCUCUGGGGCUCAAGGCCUUGGCCGUGUGGGGACAACCUGCUCGCUGCUGCCCUGCAGAAGAAGUUGAAAGGAUUAAAAGACUCCAUGAAGCCAGUGAUAGACGGCUGCCAACACCGGUGUUUUUUCCUCCUUCUGUCAGCCAAUCAAAAUCACCACUGCAAGCAGCUACACCUCCAAGCAAACUUUCCAUCCCAGAAGAGUUCCUCGACCCGAUAACUCAGGAGGUAAUGAUGCUGCCCAUGCUGCUGCCAAGUGGUGUGUCAGUGGACAAUACCACAUUGGAGGAGCAUCAGAAGAGGGAAGCUACUUGGGGUCGAACCCCGAACGACCCCUUCACUGGCGUUCCGUUUACUUCAACCUCCCAGCCUCUUCCUAACCCCCAAUUGAAAAGCCGCAUUGACCUCUUCCUCCUGCAGCAAGGGAUGAUGAGCAGGGACGGGAUGUUGGGGAGACAAAGGGAUGGAGAGAAUCCACAGGCCUCAAGACUUAUUACUUCUGAGGUACAUGGUCAGUCCCAGUACUCUCCAUGUCUCAGUGAAAGUACAAAUAACAACACUACUAUUCAAUAUAAUGUUGGCACCAGAAACACAAACAGGACCGCACAAAAAGAAGUCACUGGAUUAGGACAUUCAUCAGAUAAUGGGAAUCACAAAUAUAACUCUCAGCCGCUAACUACAGAGACUAAAUCAGAUAGAGGAAAGAAACGAGAUCUUAUUGACAUUUCCAAAGAUUCAACAGAAGCGUUGACAGCUGACAGGCAUCUACUACCUCCCUCAAAAAGACCCAGACAUUAUGCAGUUUCAGUUCCUAGCUGCAGCUCUCAUGAGCAGCGUUUGUCAGCCAGUCUGGAUGAGGCCCUCUUCUCCGCCCUGCAGGGCCGACCCUCCUUCACCUCAAACUUGUCUCAGCAGAGCCGGGUUUUUCCUGACUCUGAACCACUCAACCCCUCACAGCACAGUCAGACUGCACGCACUCCAAACUUGCCAACAGGUGAGAAGACGUGCUCUGCAUGUUCCUGUUCGGUCUCCGCUUACUCCAAGUUGGCAUCAUCCAUCUACCGUCUAACCUGCGGUCACCUGCUCUGCCAUUCCUGUUUGCGGAGGCAACCACUAGACACUGUCACUAUAACAACAUCCAAUCACAUCGUGUGUCCCGCCUGCCAAAGCACUACCACUCGCAGUGACGUCAUACGCGUACAUCACUGACAGAAACUGUAAAAAGGCAAACAGACGCCUUGCAUAGCUAUUGAUAAAAUGAGGAUUAUUCUGAAGGUGAAGAGGGAUUGUACGUGCAUUUUAACAUUGCAACUGUGUUUAAAUCAAAGUGCCGGGGGAAAAAAAACCAUUUACUGCUGAAAGUUAAAGAUUCUGGAUAGAUUUAAUUAUAGAUUGUUUACUUGGGUUAACACUAUGUCCAUCCCCAACCGGAAUUAAACUAUUCAUCCCUUGUUAUUUCUUAUUCACGCGCUUUCAGUACUAUUCUAGAAGUCAAUUAUACACUUGUUUAAACCAACAAUUUCACAAAAUCCACUCUAUUUUGAUGUCUACAGCUGUAGAAAGAACAAGCCUUUAAAAACUUUUCAAAAAAUAUUGCAAUGUUGUAAAAGAAUAUGA